CCCAACGAAUCCCCCGACCAAGAGGUCAGAACCGGCGCACACACCUAUCGUCCUUUCAUUCCCCACCAACCCCACCCCAUCUUCCCACCUCUGCUCGACCAUGAGCUCGUCGCAGGUGGAGGGCCUCCUGCCGUUCCUCUACAAGGCCAUCAAGGACCGGCGCCGGAGCAGCGGCAGCAGCCGGCCCGCCUACCACGCCGGCGCGGACGCGCAUGCGGAGGACGACGACCACCACGGCGCCGUCGACCUCGGCGACACGGAGCAGAGGCGGCGGUGGCUGGAGCAGGAGCUGCGGUCGCCGAUCCGCGCCUCCGGGCCCUCGUCGUCGUCGGCAGCGGCCGCUGAGGGGCACGGGCGGAACCGGUCGCUGGAGGAGCUGGCGGGCCAGGUUGGGGGCACGCCGGACCGGCGGCUGCGGGUGCCGCUGCCCAAAGCCAGGAGCGUCCGCGUCUUCUCCUGCAUCGGCGCCGCGUGACCUACCGCGCGUGUAGGCGUAGCCGUAAGUAGAUGAAUAUGUACGUUGAUUCAGGCGAAGUCAAGUGCAGUGUAAGUUUUUGCUGUACAUACGACGAGUGAUUCGGUAGAAUAUGGUUGGAGCUAGAUGUUGUAAAAUGAACAUGUGCUUCUCGAUUCA